CCGUUUUUGAGCGGCUAAGUCAGUGCUCACGGUACGUCGCUUUUUGUGUUUCACGUAUUAAGAUUUCACAAACAGUGUGCGGUGUUUUAGCACGCUGUCGUUCGGCUCGUGAAACCUAAAAGAAACCGUAACAGAGGUCACCAUGAGCAACCAUGAGCUGUCAUGGGAGAGGCUGGACACCGAGUUUGACCAUUUUCUGCUGGACAUGAAGCCAUAUGUCCUUAAACACCCCAGCAAGACAGAGCGUCAGCGUUGUGCCCAAUGGAUAAAGAAGCUGUGUGAUCCAGCUGCAUGUGGUUCAGGUCUAGUCGGUCAGAAGAAUCGCAACAUGUAUGCCCGUUUGCUCCUUCACAUGCUCAGACGAGGGGUCCUGGAGGCACCAUUCACCAACAAACCAGAGCCCGGACGUCUUAAAACACUCCCUACAUACAUGUCCAUUUACUUUGAUGAGCCAUUGAGCAGCAGGAGUGUGGAGCACGGUGAUAGAGGCCUGCCCGACUGGGUGACAGGGGAGCUGAGUGGCUGUUCUGAUGACAGUUUGACAAUGGAGCUCCUUAAGGACAGACCCAGUUCCACACCUGUUAAAGAUCACCACAGGAGAAGGCUGUGCGAGGAUAGGACUGCAUCACGACCCGUAUUUUCCAGUCCACUGAAACAGUCACCCAGACAAGUUACGAGAAUGGUGGAUGGGGAGCUGAACCAUACGUCUCCCGAUGACAGUGACCUGGAGGCUCGUCUCAACAGCUGGAACCUGGGGAUUGAGAACCCAAGGUAUUUGCGAGAGAAGCCCGUUCCCUUGUCACCAAUUUUCAAGUCAAGCUUUGGGGGGAACAGUAACUUGGCCAGUGAUCAGGGCCCACGACUGUUACAGAGCACAGAGACUGACACGAAGCUCAAAGUGUUGGAGGCCAAGCACCAGGAGGAAAAACUGAAGCUGCAGCAGAGACACGAUGCAGAGGUUGAGAAAAUUCUGGACCGAAAAAAUGGUGAGAUCGAGGAGAUGAAGAGCCUUUACCGGACCAAGCAGAAAGAAUCAGAGGAGAUGAUCCGUAAGCUGGAGAAGAAAGUUCAGAGUGUGCUGCGGGAAUCCCAGGUCAUCUGCGAGAGCAAAGAGAAACAGAUUGCAGAGCUGAAGAAGAUGUCAAAUCAGAGCGCCGACUCUUUAAAAAACGAGUGGGAGAAGAAGCUGCAUGCUGCCGUGACGGAGAUGGAGCAGGAGAAGUUUGAAUUGCAAAAGAAACACACACAGAAUAUUCAGGAGCUGCUGGAGGACACCAACCACAGACUGGCCAAGAUGGAGUCUGACUAUAACGCCCGGUCACAAGCAACUGAGAAAACGGUGAGAGACCUGGAGCUCCGGGUGAAACAGCAGUCGGUGGAGGUGGAGAAGGGCAACGUGCUGCGUCAGAGAGUGACGCAGGAGAAGGCCGAGUUGGAGAUCCACAUUGCAUCCAUCGGCGCUGAACUGCAGGAGGCUAACAGACGGAUUAUGAUCCUGCAGAAGGAGAAGGAGCAGCUGAGUGAGCAGCAUGAAGAAGCCAUGCAGAAGCUCCAAGCCAAGUACGAGACUGACUUGAGUCACUUACAUCAUGAGCAUGGUCUCUCCGCUGCUAAGGCCUCUGAGGUGAUAUCAGACUUAGAGAAAACUGUGGCUCACAUCAAACAGCAGCUCCAGGACAGUGAACAUCGAAGACACCAACAAGUCAGGGAUCAAGAGAUGAGGUUUCAGCAGGAAAAAGAUGAGCUGCUGAUCAACUGUGAGAAAAAGGUUUUGGCAUUUCAAACUGAGGCGGAGAAAGAGAAAGCAGAGGCUAAGAGGAAGAUAGCUAAACUGGAAGAGGCACUGAGGGAGAUGGAGAGCCAGCUGGACAGAGCCAGGGAGAGCCAAAGACAGCACAUCCAGCAGGCAGAUAUGGCACUGGAGCAGUUCAAAAAACAGGUGGAGCUCAGUUCUGAGAAGGCCUACGCUGACAUGAAACUCCAGAUGGAGAAGGUAGAGGAGGACCUGAUCCGCUCCAGGUCCCUCAGGGAGAACCAGGUCAAAGAAUUCUCUCAGCAACUUGACGCCCUCAGACAGAGGUUUGAGCAGCAGAUGGCUGAGCAGCGCAUGCAGCACGAGCAGGAGAGGACGCGGCUACAGCAGCAGCACAGCGCGGAAAAGGACAGCCUGGUCCAGGAGCGCCAGCGGGAGGUGAGCAGCCUGGAGAGGGAGGCCAGGGCCGCCCUAGAACAGCACCAGCAGCACACCCAGGAGUGGAGGAAGCGCGAUGCCCAGACAAUUGCAGAUUUGGAGGCCCAGUUGUCAGAUCUACGUGAAGAACUCAAGCAGGCCCGUGCUCAGCAUAAGCAACAGCUGGCUGACAUGAUGUUGCUCCAGGAGGAGGAAAAGCAUAGAGCAAUCCUGGAUAAGCAGGCAUCCCUGGACCGACUCCGCUCUGAUAUGGAACAAAUUCGCAGUGACCUCGAGAGAAACCACCAGCAGGAGAAGGAUGCUGCUCAUGAGAAGACCAACAGCAGGCUGAAGCAGAUUGAGAAGGAGUACAGUCAGAAGCUUGCCAAGUCUGCCCAGCUAAUUGCGGAGCUACAGACGUCUGUAUGUGACUCAAAGGAGGAGGCGGUUCGUCUGCAGACGGCAAUGGAGAAGCAGCUAAAGGAGGCCAACGCUCGUUGGGAGGAGGAGAGGAUGACAAUAACCCACCGUGCCGAUCAGGCCAACAAGGCUCUGCAGGAAAAGGUGGAAGGUCUGCAGAGACAGCUGCGCUCGGCAGAGAAGAAGCUGCUAAGCAAAGAGCUGGAGACUGAAGAGAAGGUCACCAUGGUGCAUCAGGAGUACGAGGAGAAGAUCAAAGGUCUGAUGCCGGCUGAGCUCAGGCAGGAGCUGGAGGACACCAUCGUCUCACUGAAAGCUCAGGUUAACUUCCUUCAGAUGAGGGUCUCUUUGCUACAGGAAGAUCUGGACGCCUGUCGCAGCAGCAGGUGACAGCGCGAGAACUUCAGGCUGAGCCUCCGCGAGGACGUGAAGGACGGUGUCCACGGUCAGAUGUGAGCACUGUUGACUGUUACAAGUAUUUUUUUAUUACAUACCUGCCAUGUCAUCUUUUACUUUGAUAGGCUGUUUUCUCUCAUUGUUUUAACAUCUGAAGUAUUUAUUCAUUGUCAGGUUUGAGUUUUGUCUUGUUUAAAAUAAUAAUUCUCACACUCUC